UGAGCUGACUCCCUGCAGAAGCUGCCAUAGUCAGGACCCUUGGGAUGUCCAUCCAGGCUGUGCUGCCUUCCAGGGGACACCGAACCAGGAGUGUGCUGGGCUACAAGUGGGGUGCUGGGACCUUGAGAGAGGAUGAGUGUCUGGUGGCUUUCCAGGGUGACAUGGGAGUGUGAUCACCUCCAUGUCAGCAAGGUUGUGCCUCAUCCACCCGUUUCUUAACCCUGGCAGUGCAGAUGCGGACAGAGUGUUCUGCAUUAGAGGGCUUCUAUGGGACACAGCUGAGCACCAGGAGUGGUUGCUGCCCCUUCCUACUGCUGCAGAGCAGGGCUGGCUACUCCAGAGCCUGUGGGCAGAGGCUUUGUUCUUCAUCCUACCCUUGGGCAGCACCAAGAAGGGCUCUACAAUUGGACCUGAAGGAAGGUCUCUGAGAAAAAGCAGAGGGUGUGUGUGUGUGACAUGGGAGGAUCUGUGGGACAUGGCUUUGAUUUUGCUCACAGAAGUCUCCACUAACUUGUCACUCUCUUCUUCUUCUAUGCGGACAGUGCCCCACUCUCAGAAAGGGCAGAUGUCCAACAGCAGCUCUAUCACCCAGUUCCUCCUCCUGCCAUUUGCAAACACUCGGCAGCUGCAGCUCCUGCACUUCUGGCUCUUCCUGGCCAUCUACCUGGCUGCCUUCCUGGGCAACAGCCUCAUCAUCACCACCAUAGCCUGGAACCACCACCUGCACACCCCCAUGUACUUCUUCCUCCUCAACCUCUCCCUCCUUGACCUGGGGGCCAUCUCCACUACUGUUCCAAAAUCCAUGGCCAAUUCCCUGCGGGACACCAGGGACAUCUCCUACACAGGAUGUGCUGCUCAGGUCUUCUUUUUGUUAUUCUUGAUUGAUGCAGAGUUUGCCCUUCUCACUGUGAUGUCCUACGACCGCUACGUUGCCAUCUGCAGACCCCUGCACUACGGGAUCCUCCUAGGCAGCAGAGCUUGUGCCCACAUGGCAGCAGCUGCCUGGGCCAGUGGCUUUCUCCAUGCUCUGCUGCACACAGCCAAUACAUUUUCACUGCCCCUCUGCCAGGGCAAUGCCGUGGACCAGUUCUUCUGUGAAAUUCCCCCAAUCCUCAAGCUCUCCUGUUCCAGCUCCUACCUAAGGGAAGUUUGGCUCAUUGUGGUCAGUGUCUUUUUAGCAUUUGGGUGUUUUGUGUUCAUUGUGGUGUCCUAUGUGCAGAUCUUCAGGACAGUGCUGAGGAUCCCCUCUCAGCAGGGACGCCACAAAGCUUUUGCCACCUGCCUCCCUCACCUGGCUGUGGUCUCCCUUUUUGUCAGCACUUGCACAUUUGCUUAUCUAAAGCCCUCUUCUUUCUUCUCGCCUUCCUUGAACCUGGUGGUGGCAGUUCUGUACUCAGUGGUACCUCCAGGAAUGAACCCUCUCAUCUAUAGCCUGAGGAACCAGGAGCUCAAGGAUGCCCUGAGUAAACUGAUCACUGGAUGGUUUCAGAAGCAAUAAACUGUCUUCUCCUGCAGAGCAGUUCUGAUGUCACUCAGCGUGGGCUCAGCCUGGCUGAUCUGGUUGUGGCUGCUGCUGGUGGGGUUACCCAUGUGAGAAUGUUCUCACAGAAAUGCCUUUCUUCAGACCCUUUCUGGUUCAGUCUUGACCUGUCUGGUGUGACCCAGAGACUGCAGACAGGAGGAGCUCUGCUCUCUCUGCGUUCAGCACAAGAAAGUACCCUGCAGGGACUUGUUUCUCUGAGCUAUUUCCUCCAAGCCUUCUCUGGAGCUGCAGGGCACUGUCUGCGUGCAGAAGUGGAGGGAAAAAAAGAGUCCCAGAGCAGCACCAGUGCCAGGGAGCCACAGCACUUUGGCUGUCUUGAGCUUCUCUUUCUUCCUUUCCACACUCUCCUGCUGAGCCUCUGUGUUGGGGCAAGGCCUGAGUGCUCUGGCAGCUCGGACGCUGUCCUGCUGUAUGGCAGUGCUGAGACUGCAGGAAGGGACAGGCUGAAGUUGCUGCUAGG